GGAUGCUAGCCCUAGACUAGAUAGUUCCUCAACCACUUGUCCUUCUCUAGCUAUUUUCCUUGAUUUUCGGCUUAAAGUUGCACGGUUCACUUCCGAGUAACAUGAAGCUUUCACAACCAGCUGUUGUUUCUGCUUUCCAGGUUGUCUAGCCUAUAUCCUAGAUAUUCUUUACAGCCUGACUGAUUUGAUACACCUCCAAUAUUUCUUCUUUACAGUUUGUCCAUAUAAAUUGAACCAUUGGUUGUGAGGAUGUUCAUCGGUAGAUUGUUCAUCCAGUUCCCUCUAUUUCUAUUCUUUGUUCAGUCAACCCUACCAGUGAAGAGUUUGUGUUGUGUUCUGGAAAAGACAUCUGGAGAAUCAGGAUUAAGCAUUUUCCCGUGUUCGAGAAUUUCCAGCCUAAUCGAUGGAACCACCAGCUAUUUGUUCCAUCGUUAUAGAUAGCUCCAGUACUCCCUCACUUGAAUUUGGCCAGCUGUGUUGUGGUUGUUCAUUGAUGCCUGAACCCUAGAAGGGGAAGCUAUGAUCUAUGGCUGUGAAGUGUUGUCCGGGAUAGGAUAUAUUUCCUUCCAUUAUCCACCUCUGCCAACAGCUGGUAUGAUUAGUUGGUUGAUUUGACUUCCCAGCAUUGCCAAACCUCCAUUCGUUAGUAUAAAUGCAGCUAACAGGUAACAUGAUGUUCAUAUACUCCUGCUACCAAGUCGUGGUCUGUUUACAUUGCUGAGUGUUCCUUCAUAUUCUGUUGCUUUGAUCAGUUAAUCUUCGUAAUCUGAAUGAGAGAUAUGAGUGGGAAUGUGUAUUGCAUAAGGAUUCUGUGACCUGGGAAAAAUGCUUGUAUAAUCAAUGCUUGAGGAGGGACUGUCUUAACUUGAUACCUCACAAAAAUUCUCAUUCGCUAAGAUGUGGCUUCUAGCAGCCCAAUUUGAAAUACGUCAACUGAAUCUCAAGGAUGCUCGUGUAAUAUUAGGAAAUGAUAUUGGAAAGGCUCCUAAAGAUAAGAUUGAGAAGAAAGUCAUUCCUAAUGGUGAUUACCCAGAUGACAUUGAAGAAUGCCUAGCUGGCAAAGAAAUGCUAUUCAAAGUGUGCAACAAUUCUGGAGUUAAGCAUGAUCGAGAUGAUUGCUUCCAAAUUCUAAGGAUAUGUACUGACCUUGGUAUCAUUGCAAUGUUCCAUGAACAUGAUGUCUUAGUUACUCCCAAACAGGCAAAGUUCUCUCCCCCCUUUAGUGAGCUGGACAUAACUGAAGAGGAUGGUGAGAUUAGCCUUAAUCUGACUGGUGAUAAAAGUGCUUUAGCUGGUAGCAAUGCAAAGGACAAAGGACCUCACCAUUUGCGCAUGAAAUUGCUGAUAGACUUUGAAUCAGAUGAAGAAGAUGAUGCUGGAUUUGCUGGUAGGGAUGAUGGUACUUUUGCAAAGAUCAGUCCUCUCUCUGAUAUGGCCUGUGAUGCUAAUGGGGAGGGUAAUAUGCCAGAUGCCAUUCAGUCUCAAACCGAUGCUAGAGGCACUGUGAAUUCUGCAGUAGAGACUGACAUAACUUUCUGGUGUGGUUCAUGAACCUAAACCACCUAUGUUUGGAGUUGAAUUGACUACCAAGAACAACAAAGGUCUGUUUGUAGUUAAGAUUGAGGCAACUGCUGAUGCUGGUGCAGUCGCUCAUGAGGGAGCUAAUUGCAACUCUGGUCUGAAAUUUCUGUCAUUGUUUGGAGAAGAAAGCAUGGAGGCCCCCUUGACUAAGAAUUCUACUAAGAAGAAUCUGAAGAUUGAAGUUUCCCGCGUUGAAGUUGAAGAAGUUCUGAACAAGAUGGUUGAUGAUCCUCACAUAAUUGUCAUAUCAGAUGAUGAGGAUGAUGUUGGUGCUUGAUGCAUCUCUUAGCUUAUUAUCUACAUGGAAGAUGCUGGACGUUAGUUGUCCUCUCUUGCUAUAAAAGAUGAAGAUUGUCUUCUAAGACAACUGCCACCAAGGGCUUUCUAUUUUGCUACUAUUAUCAUCUACUACUAUUAGGUCUUUUUGAUGGGUGAAUUGGAACUUGUACACACUCCAAUUUGAUGUUGUGUACUUAGGAAUAUGUAGUUUGCAUUGGAUGUAUCCUGAAAAAUGUUGUUAUGCAACCAUAUAUAUUAAUUAAAUAACUUCCAUGUUUAGAAGUUUCUGUUCA